UGGAAUGCGUGGAGAUGGUUGUACACGCGGAGAGGUAACAGAUGCACCUUCUUGGUGUCAAAUGACUACAUAGCAGGUGUCAAUGCCUUUGGGUUUUGACAUAGAGGUGGCAGGAAAUCAAGGACUGGAUCCCACUACAGAUCGUUCACCUUCCAUGGUUUUCAAAGGGUUUGAGAGACGCUGAAUUGAACCACACAUUCGAAUUACAACUGAGACGAUUUUUACACGCUUCUCACGAAGCUGGUACUCAUGGCGAAUAACACUCUGUCGUCACGGUUUCGGAAGGUUGACAUCGACGAAUACGACGAGAAUAAAUUUGUGGAUGACCAUGAAGAGGCCGCUGAACAACAAGGACCUGACGCCGCAGAGGUGGACAGUUUGAUCAGGCAUUCUGUAACGGGGGAUAUGAUGUCAGCUUUUCAUGUUGCACUGAAAAACCCGCCAAUCAACUCCAAAAACCCUGCAGUGAAGGAGCGUGCUCAGGCCAUCGUGUUGAGGGUUCUGACAUCGUUUAAAAGCACUGACAUUGAGCCUGCGGUGAAGUCGUUGGACAGAAACGGCGUGGAUCUUCUGAUGAAGUACAUCUACAGAGGCUUUGAGAAACCCUCAGACAACAGCAGCGCCAUCCUCUUACAGUGGCACGAAAAGGCUUUUGCCGUGGGGGGCUUAGGAUCCAUUGUUCGAGUACUCACAGCCAGAAAAUCUGUUUGAAAAGAGGAAAAAAAAAAGAGUAGGAAAAUACACCAGAUGUGUUCAUUUUUUUCUACCAUGGACCACUUCACUACCAACUGUGUUCACAUCAACACACCGAUACUGUAAAAGCUGAAUUUGUGUGUCAGGGUAGGGUGGGGUGGGGGUUUUGGGGGAGGUGCGC